AUGUUCAUUCAACACCUCGUCGAAGAAAAUGGACAUCAAGUACAAAAGACAACCACACUACUCGAACUCUUUAAACAGUAUUUAUUGCACGCAGAUACCAAACUAGAAGUAUUGUGUAUCACUAGAUGGAACAAUUAUACAGCGCUUGGAGAGAGCAAGACUCUUCAUACAAUUGAAUUGACAGGUGAAUUUUCUGGUCACCUAAAAGAAUGUAUCGCCAAACUGACAGCAGUUUUUGAACAAAUCACUCCAUUGGUCAAUAUCAAAACAUUGAUCAUCUCCAUCACCGAUCCAACUCUAUUUACCAAUGAUUUGGAUUUAGACAUACCAUACAUCAAAAAACAUGCCAUCAAAGAACUUAUUCCUGGAUCCAACAACAAAACCAUUGAACGUUCCUAUUCAUUGACCGAUCCACUUCCUUUCAAAUCCGGUGAUUACGGUUUCGCAUUGGGACAAAUCAAAUUUAUUAGUAGACCAUUAUUUAAUGAAACUAGAUGUUUUAAAUGUUAUUUUCAUAGAUAG